AUGGUGUGGUUUUUGUGGAACCAGAGAAACAAUUUACGGCUUGGCAAAGGGUCAAUCCCUCUAGACCAAGUGCUGCAGCAAGCAAGAAACAAACUGCAAGAGUUUAAGAGUGCUCAGACCAGAACAGGGGCCGCAUCGACAAGACAUAGCUCUUCGCAGUGGCAACCACCACCUAGUUCGGUUUGUAAGAUAAAUUUCGACAGCGCUUUCUUCAUGAAGGAACAGCGGGCUAGCAUAGGGGUAGCUAUUCAAAAUGAGAACGGGCUCAUCAUGGUUUCAUCCUCUCAACAGAUUCCCCUCCCAGGUACAGUGGUUGAAGUAGAGGCAUUGGCAGCAAGGAAAGCGCUGGAACUAGCUCUUGACUGUGGUCUAGAUAGAGUAAUUCUUGAGGGUGAUUGUGAGAUUCUCAUGAAGACACUCCAGACUGCCUCAAAGUCCCUGGCACAAUUUGGGAAAAUUGCGGAAGAUAUAAGAGUUUAUGCUUCAAUGUUUCAAGAUAUAAGUUUCUCGCAUAUAGCUCCGGAAGGUUCAGCUGUGCUACUGCAGAAUGUAGGCUCUGGUCAGGUUUCAUGCAAUGGUAACGGUGCAGUUCCGCCAGCUUCUUUGGUAAAAAUCAACAUAGCCGCCGAUGGUGGAAUGGACUUCUAUGAUGUUAGCCUUGUAGAUGGGUUCAACUUACCUGUUUCAGUAGCCACACAAGGCGGAACUGGCGAAUGCAAGGCCUCAAGCUGUCCAGCCAACGUGAACGUGCGGCUUGCCCAGCAGAGUUGCAAGUGA